AUGGAGCCCUUUCGCCCCAAGGGAAACAGUAUACCUGCGCAGACCGAAAGGAUGGAAAUUGGGGGCGAAAUUGUUUGUAGGAUUGGUGUUGAUUACAGAAUAAGGUUGAGCAAAGGUAAGAUUCCGGUGGUUCAUCAUGUUCGGCUAAAGCGUGGUUAUGCACCGGUGAAUGGCGGCAAUGUUGUUUGUCCUGCUACAGAAUUUGGUGGUGACCAGGUGGUUUACACUGCUCCGACAGACGACGUCCAACCUAAUUGCGACAAUGCUCCACAUAUCCCACGGGUUAGGCCUAGGAAUCUCAGGCAAAAUGUUCAUCCGCCUGAUCGGUACGGCUGUGCUGCGUAG